GAGAUAGCUCUGUGAAAACAAUCAAAAAGUGUCAUCAGUGAGCGAUUUCGCAGACGUGCGUUGUUUGAUAAUGAGAAAAACUAACAUGAAAAUGACAAUGCUGCGAGGGUAUGUACUUUUAAACAACUUCAAAAUGGCAAAAUUUGUAAAUAUUUCAUAUUUUCUUCCUUUAAUUYCCCAUUUUCGCUGUUCUCCAUAUAAGGACAUUCAAAACAGAUCCCGGUGAAGCCAAGCGCGCAGUGGUUUCUGGGUAGCACUCGCCGUUCAGUAAUGGCGUCCUCUGAAGUUUACAAAGUAGUGUUAUCUGGCGGAGCUCCUUGGGGAUUUCGGCUUCAAGGAGGUAGCGAAUUCAGGGCUCCUUUAAGGAUAGCAAAAAUUACUCCAGGAAGCAAAGCACAAAAAGCUAACAUAUAUGAAGGUCUUUAUGUACAUGCCAUCAAYGACUGCCCAAGUGAGAGACUCACGCAUAGCGAAGCUUUGAAUAUUGUUAAAAAGACUGGUAAUCAUCUAGAAUUGGARCUUUGCUGGAAACCAGAGACUUUCUCACAACCGACAYCAAGUGGUUCAUACACAACAGAAGACAUCCAAAGUACCCAUGUCAGCAAAGCUACAUUUAAACCCUCCUCUAGUCAGGCRCCUCCUUAUGCUACCCUUCCACGAGGUGGRCCAGGAUGGAGRGAACUGGAUGAAAACUUUAAUGAAACUUAUGCUAGUGAAGUAAAUAGUAAAUCUGAAUGGGACCCUGAAAUAAUCACUAAUGUAAUACGACCUCCUGAGAAAAUCAAACUACACCAAGGAUAUGAAUUUUUAGCYGAUGUGCCAAAAGAUUUACCUCCACCACCUGAAAUGCCUCCGAAAGUGUUUGAAAAGCCGCAGCCAAUUGGAAGAGGUGGCCGAAGAUUUGUGGAUUCUUCAAAUGAGUCUUACGGCCAUCCACCGCUAACAUCCAGCUCCAUCGGAUCAGAAGAGGAUUUUAACAUGGCCAAUGGUGACACYAGUAGUCAGGACUCAGGUCAGCAAAAUAUCAACCAACGUCCAGCUAUGAACCAGUUCAGAAAACAAAAAGUAAAUGCUGAAAUAGAAGCUACCAAAGAACCCAAGCCUUUACCAAAAAAAGUACCUCCCCCACCUCCUGCCAAACCAGAGAGACGUUAUCCCAAUAUCAUGGARGAAGAGAGAUAUAAAGGACCGAGUCGACCUGCUAUCAGAAGAGGGACCAAAUGGUACAAAGAAAUGUUCAAAGAUAUGCAUGCUACUGCUGGAGUCWCGUCAAGUUUAUCAGCAUUGCUUGCUAAUGAUGCUAUAAAAGCUGGAGAYGAGCAUCUUGGUGAUGGACCAGCUGAGGACUUUGUCCACCCAAUGCAAGCCAGACCAGUYGAGUAUGAGCCAGAAUUAUCUGAGCCUCAGCAACGAAAGAUUUCAGCGCCUGUGCAACAAGCAAGGCACCCCCCUCCUGUGCAUAGACCCUCCCUUCCACAAAUGUCCCCCACUUCACAUCUUCCUCCAGGGGGGGCUCAACAAGUACCUCAUGACCAUGUGCCAACUUGGUACCAGGAUAUGGUGAAAGGAGAGAAAAUUCCAACGGAAGAACCUAUUUCUUAUGGAGUGCACCACAGGAAGACUUCAUCUGAUUCAGAUGAAGGAAAGCGUUAUACUGGGCUACAAUCACCUGUCUUUGCCAACAGACCACCACUUUACGUGCCACCACUGUCUAAGUCUGCUGCAGAUCGUAAUGUUGUCAGACCUGUUCCAACUACUGUGACAGUUCAACAAGAAGAGAAAUCAAAGCCUCCAACUGCGACUAGUUUAUAUGAAAAGAGAUUCAGAGGUGGCACUGCUCCAGCAAAUGAGCGCAACAGGUCUGCMUCCGAAGAACUAGGAGUCAAACAUCAACCACCAUCUGAUGAAGAAUUGAUAAGGAAACGUGAGGAAGAAGCUCGUCUGAGGCGUGAGGAAGAGGAGAGAAGACGCAGGGAGGAAGAACGUGAAUUUUUGAGACGUCAACAGGAAGAACAAGAACAAAGAGAACGAGAAGCUGAAAUGAGAAGAAGAAAACAAGCAGCAGAAGCAGCGGCAGCCGCGAAGAAAGCAGCGGAACAUCCRCAGUUCUUUGCUAUGGCCUUGUAUAACUUUAAUGCACAGAGUCCUAAGGAACUGUCGUUCAAGAAAGGAGAUUAUAUCGUYGUCAAACGACAGAUCGACAGAAAUUGGAUUGAAGGAGAAAUCAAUGGAAAAUUUGGAAUAUUCCCAACCAACCAUGUUGAGUUGAGACCCAUUGAUGAUGAGGAAGAAACACAAGAAUCACCUCCUAGUCCAUAUGUUGCUGUUGAAGGAGAAGCUAAAGUUAAAUAUAACUUUGAUGCACAGUCACCAAGAGAGCUGAGCAUUGGAAAGAAUGAAAUUGUAACUCUCACUAGAAGAGUUGACCAAAAUUGGUAUGAAGCCUUUUAUCAAGGAAGAAAGGGAAUCAUUCCAGCUGCUUAUUUAGAGGUACUGCGAGAGCCAGGACUAGCCCAGAAGGGUAGCAUUUCCCCAAAAGCAACAGAGCAACCCAAGCGUCAAGAUUUUGUACAACGCGAAGAACCAAUCAAGCAGAUCCAAACACAACCAGUUUCUCAUUCUCCACAACAAGUUACAGAGAUAAGAAAAACAACAACUACCACUACWUAUGACCAGAGAUCAGAGCAACCUCGAAGCUAUGGCGAACCAAUACGAAUACCAUCACAGCAAAGUCAUUCUCCUCCUCAACCACAAGUACAGUACAUUUAUAGUAAAGAACCUGAACCAGCCGUCCUUCCUGCUCAAUUUGUAGAAGACAAUGAAGUGUUUCCCAUGGAGGGAGAAAGAUAUAAAGCUGCUUAUAGCUACGUACCACAGAAUGAUGAUGAACUUCCUCUGGAAGAGGGAGAAGAGGUUAUAGUUCUGGAAAAGUGUGAUGAUGGAUGGUUUGUUGGCCACUCAAUAAGAACUGGACUAUUUGGAACUUUUCCUGGCAACUAUGUGGUUGCAUUAAGCUUAUGAUAUGAUASAAAUGAAAAAUCAAAUCAAGAAUAUAAAGCCAACAGCAAACUGAGAAACUAUUUUUCUACAAUACAAAUACUCAGCCAAGAAUACAGUUACUCUGAUAUCCCAUGGAAAAACCAAUGAAUUAAACAACAAGAAUUUUACAGGACAAAAUUAUUUUACAUAUUGUAGACAUUCCAUGUUUUUUUAUUAUGUCAGGAAUUCUGUACUCUGCCAUUUUGACUAGCAAUAAUUGGCAUCCAUUGCAUCUGUGUGAUAUCAAAUGUUGAACCAAAUAUUAAUUAUUGUUUGUAUAUGAAAUAUAUAUCCUUCAAUGCUAGAAAAUGAUGUGUAUACAACCAUAUGGUUUUUCUAUAACACGUAAGUCAUCUUUUUUGUGCAUUUAUGCCCUAUACAUGCAUCAAUAUUUUUGAAGAAAAAGGUGUUUGAAAAGCGAGACCCAAAUCAGUAUGUUGCGCCUUAGAACACAUUUGGUAGUUGCUAAGUCAACUAAUCUAUCUUUAUAUUGUAUUAUAUUAACUCGACAUUAGCUGAAAAACUUUUAAUUCUUUUAGGAGUUAUAAUUUAUUGAUUCGACAUUUCAAGAUGGUGGACGCAUUGUUCCCUUGAAAGUACUGAUGCAUGAUAUAAAAUGUUCCCAAAUUCUACUGUUGUGCAUGCAGGAGCUAUGUAACAACUAGUGUUUUAUAGGAACAAAACUCCAAGGAAAUAUAUUAAUUAGAACCAAAUCAGUUUCUGAAAACAAAGAAGUGUGGCAAUAUGAUCCUUUAUUAUCAAUAUACGUAGGCCUAUUUUUAUAUUAGGUUUAUAGUACCGUGUGACACUAGAAUGAGGGCAUUACAUCUGGGUUAUACUUGCAUGUUUUAAAAAAGUCAAGGAGUAAUGGUCAAAUAUACAAUGUACUAAUGGUGCACAUGACURUAUUACUCUUGAGGAAAUUCAUAGGGGUUGUAAUGCCCUACGUCUACCAUAUGCUAUUGCUUGUUUAAUAAUUAUUACUAAUAAUUAUUAUAAUUAUUAAUAUUAGCUGGGAGUCCAUUAUAGAGCCUCAGCUCAAUUAUAUAAAUAACUGUAACUUGGAGAAUUCUACUUUUUGUUGCAGAGCRAAUUUCGUAUGACUGUGUAAAAAACAUGGUACUUUCUUGCUGUGACCGUACCRUGCCGUAGCGGUGAUGUAUUGUUAAAUCUUUAUUUUUAUAAUUUGGAAUCCUMYAAGUUGAAGUUCCRUGACYGUGCCRUGUCCGUGUUGUGAUCCGUGCCUUUGCAYAAUCAUACGAAAUCCACUCUAACUAUCACUGUUCUGAYUUUAGCAAGUUUGUCAGGCUUCCACAUGUAAGUAUCCAAAGAUUGGGUGAAAUAUAAUAGGGGAAUUUUUUUAAUAAUUAUAGUUUUAAAAGUCAUGGGUUUAAACAGGAAAACAUGUAUUUCUGAUAAAGAUUCCCAAAGAAUAUGAAGCUUACUUGAAUGUUUUCCUUUUGAUGCGUCUUGUAAUAAAAUGUGAACACACUAUUUUACAAAAUAAAAGCUAAUAGUUAACUUAAACAAGUUACUUAAUAGUGUUUAUUUUGUAGCAAGUUUUUACUAUGCUAGCAGUAAUCUUAAUUGACUACCAUAGUAAUAAAAUAACAUUAUUGACCAAUAUCAAGCCUUUUUCAGAUAGAUAGGAAUGCAUAGUACCCAAUUUUCAAAAAAACAAGAAAAACUACCAAAAAAAUUCAUAACUAACUAAUAAUAUGAUAGAUUGUACAAAUUAAAGAAAUAAAAUCUGUCUGUUUAGCACUCUGAA